AUGGCAUAUCUGGAAAGAAAGGAACAAGAGGAUUUUCAAGGAGACAUCAUUGUCACAGGGCAUGCUGGUGGAAAAGAUCAAAACUACAAUAGAAGAAGUAAUGAAUGGAAAGAAAAUAAUAGUAAGGGGAAUUCAGGGGAAUCAGGUAUUGGAACCAUAAUCCAGGAUGAACAGGGCAAUAUCCUUCAUGGGCUGUUUGGUGCCAUUGGAGUUGCCACAAACAAUGAAGCAAAGAUUUGUGCACUAGAGGCAGGACUACAUCUCUGUGUUAGGCAAGGAAUUUCUAGAAUCAUAAUUGAGGAGCAUCUAAAGAAAAUUGAGAGCUAUGAGAUUGGGUAUGUCUAUAGAGAAGGGAAUCAGGUGGCUGAUUACUUUGCGAACCUCGGUGUUGGAGAAUAUGAUGACCCUGUUUACUUUUGCCAGACAUCUACUGCGGAGGACAUCAAAGGACAAUGCCUGAAGGACUGCCAAACAUAUCCUCGACAGGGGAUCGAGUAG